AUGUCUGUGCAAUUUCCGGUGCAGCCAAUUGGCCGCUUCGCCGGCGCCAGCCAACCUGUCCGGCGGCCCAAGGAAAUCGCGUGCUUCUCCUACAACGAGAACCAUGAAUUCUCGCUAGGAGACGCCUCGAUAAAGUGGUACUACACGCCUCAGCUCGGCGCUGACCUCUCCAAAGGCUUCGACACCUUUCAAAAGCUCGACGACUCCAAAGAUGAGCAUCUCGACAGCCUACUCACAACCAUCAUGUCGCAUGAAAAGGAAACGGGCAAGAAGAUCGACGCUCAUUUCGUCACGUGGAGAGGCAUGAUGACCAAGAUAAUGGCGACGCCGUUUGACAACCAGGACGGCUUUGAGAUGAACGCCACCCUCUACCAGGACUGCAUCUUCAUCGAGGAAAACAACGCAUACAAGGUGGCUUCCCGGCAAAACGAGGGUCAAAAUCGCCGAAGGCACGGCCCGCCGCUGGAAGUCAUGCAGUUUUGGGGAUACAAGUUUGAGACGUUGGCGACGAUGCCCGCGCCAUGGGGCGACACGGAGCGAGCCUUCAUCGAGAACCGGGAAAACGAAGUGGUCAACAACAAAGAGCAGUACUGCUCCGUCGUGCGCACGGGAAUCGGCAAGUCCAUCCUGUGCCUGGGCGGAGAAGUCGACGCGAUAUGGGACUCCAAGCCGGCGCAAAAGGGCAGCCCCAUCAACUGGGUCGAGCUCAAGACGAGCGCGGAGAUCCGCAGCCAGAGCGACAUGGACAACUUUCACCGAAAGCUCAUGAAGUACUGGAUCCAGUCGUUUCUGCUCGGCGUGCCCAAGAUCAUCGUAGGCUUCCGCUCGCGCGACGGCAUCCUGCUUAACGUGCAGGAGAUCGAAACGCAAAAGAUUCCCGAGACGGUCAACGGGCGGCCAAACCCAUCCUGGAACGGCGACAUGUGCGUCAACUUUGCGGCCGCCUUUCUAGAAUUCCUCGCCCAGACCAUCAGUGACGAAGGCGUCUGGCGGAUCAGGCGGCAGCCCAAGUCGCCCAUGAUUGAAGUGUACAAGGUGGAGGAGACUGGGCAUGGUGAUAUACUGUCCGACGACUUUAAAAACUGGCGUAUCAAACUGUCAUUGGGGACAGACAGUCAACCCAUGUAA